AAUCUUUUCUUUUUUCACCCCACUUCAUCCUCUGCAAUAAGCGGAAACUUUUUACUGGGCGCAAAGCGAUGUAAUGGUUUGCUUUCUUUCAAACGUGUGCGCACAAAGUCACCGGAGCUCGGUGCGCAUUGAAGCUCAGAGCAGAGUGCACGACCAGAACCUGCAACUUCACUAAAAUGAUGCCCAACCUCUCCCUCCGCUCACUGUUUCCAGUUGUCGCAGUGGCAGUUAUAACAGCUAUUAAAGCUGCUGGAGGACAGAAACUUGCUAAGGACAAUGGGAUAUUUCCCACCCCAUCCCCUGUUUAUCCCACCAUCAACUUUCAAAUCUUCAAUGCAGAACACGUGUUUCUAAGACAAGAGAGUUCAGAACCAAGAGGAAAUUCCAGCCUGAAAACUCAGGCUCAGACUUUUCUCAUUACUAAUCCAGGUGCUGGGGAUUUCCAGCCAGCUAUCAAGGCCUCCUAUGGUCCGCUAGCUGUGGAUGCUGCCAUUCCGCCAGACCUGCUCCUCAGCGGACGCAGAAUUAUAUCGGUCAUCCUGAUCCGGCAGGUCCGUUCCUCAGCCCCUGUUGUCAAGAUUCUCUUCCACAUGCCCACAGAAAGUAAUAUCACUUUUGGGCAAGAAACAAUGGGCUCUAAAGCAGAUGAUGAAAUUAAAAGUAACAGGGCUAAGACCAAGGAUGGAGCUCACUGUGUGACGGCUUACGCCUUUUGGGAGACGAGGGAAGUCCGUGGAGCUUGUCUGGUGUCUCCAGGUGGAUUUUGUGUGGCACAAUUGAAGCUAGAGCCCUCCUGGUUCAUUUCAGCCAGUAAAUCUGGAAGCUCUAGCAGGGAAGCCGAAAGAACUGAAGAAAUUAAGGGACUUCAGGGGAAUCUUGUUGAGGUCUAUUUCCAGAGCAGAAGGGAUCAGACUGGCCAAUGUGUUCCACAGGACAGCCUCCAACGAGUAGGAGUGGGAAGAGGGAGAGACUCUGGAGGAUCUGGGACACCUAUGAGGCGGAUUGGAAGUGUAACUCUGCUCAAAGCCUCAGCAGGGAACCCCACUUUCCUUCGACUGAGGCUAGGAGGUGCUGUGGUGAUCCAAACGUCUUCCAAACCCCUGAAAACCACAGAUGUGGCUACUUUCUAUGUCUUUUUGGCUAGUACGUCAACAUUGGAGAAUUUUACACUUAGGGCAUCUGUAAAAUCAGGGCUGUCCUUCAGCGCAGCUCGGCCCAGCGACUCAGCUCUCUGGGACAUCGUGGUGGAGCCGGGAAGAGGAGCGACUCCCAGCACUGUCUCUGUUGUCUGCCACAGGAAGGUGUCUACCACAGCUAAAAGGGGUCUUUUGGAGAUUUUACAACUGGACUUUGUACCAAAAGAUGCUUCAGAGCAGGUUGAGAGUCAGACCAUCUCUUGGCGUCUGGAAUUGCCAGACAAUGUUAAGGAUGUGGGUUUAAUGCGGAUAUACACCAGCCAGAGAGACUACGUGGGACUGGCACCACUGUUGAUGACCACAGAUAUAUUAAAUACUGCUGUGCUGACUGGAAAAAGGGUUUCAGUCCCUGUGAAAACACUUGCUGUUGAAGACAAUGGCUCAGUCACUGAUGUGACAAACUACACCAGUUGUAGGUCCACAGAGGAAGAUGUCACCAAGGUGUCAGAGCACUGCAACUAUGUUUAUGUAAAUGGAAAGGAGACAAGAGGGAAAGUCGGGGUGAUGCUAAACUUUACAUAUGGUUUCCUGAGUGCGCAGCUUGAGAUGAAUGUAUGGAUGCCCCGCUUGCCCUUGUUCAUCGAUGUGGCCGACCCCGAGCUGAGCCAGAUCAAAGGCUGGAGGGUACCUGUUACUACUGGCAACAGGAAGUCUACAUGGGACAGUGAGGAAGAGGAAGAGAUGAGAAAGGGCAGAGGUUGCAUGCUGCAGUACCAGCACUCCACACUGAGGGUGCUCACACCCUUUGUGGCACAGCCUGAUGCUGAGGUGCUGCCAGACUUGCUUACUGGGAAAGAGCCUGUUGAGUACUUCCUAGGGUCUGACUGGCAGGUGGAUGUGACCAAUCUGGUGCAACAUUCAUUAGAAGUAGCAGAUCCUGAUGUAGCCAGAGUCCAAGAUGGGAUGGUUCUCCAAGGACGGGCUGUGGGUACCACCACUGUGCAGGUGCUGUCCCCUGUAACGUCCACGGUCCUGGCUGAGAGGAGCAUCAGAGUGCAGGAUGACAAAGUGAGUGUGACAGAACUGGGGGUGCAGUUGGUUUCUGGACUUUCUCUGUCCCUUCAGCUCAGUCCAGGGAGCAACACGGCUGUUGUUGCCACGGCAACCACCCGGGAGAUGAUCACACAGCUAAAACAGGAAGCGGUGGUCAGCUGCUGGGUUCAGUUCAGCGACGGGGCAGUUGCUCCACUCGAGCUGUUUGAUCGUAGUAUCUACUCUCUCACGGUCUCUACCCCUGAUGAGAGGGUAGCCACGGUUCGCCGUACACCUCAGUCCACCUUUGUAGUCGCACAAGGUGAAGGAGAGGGCCGGGCAAAGUUAGUGAGGGUUGAGCUGAGGAUCUGUGAGGAAUGCCAGAAGUCUAAGAGGAAAAGUAAGUUGGUAGUAGGGGCAGGCUUUCUCAAGACCAACUUCCAACGUAGCAAAACUGUAGAGGGAGAAGGUGGUUCUGAUACAAGCAAAAUUAUUAAUGGUGGUACAUCAGAGGUGGUGGGUGAACUUAAAACGCCACAGAGAGCUGUCACAGUCUUGGAUAAAAGGCUACUCAGAGGCACAGCGCCUGACCAGCAGUCUGUUGUGGCAGAAGUAACCACCUCCACAACUUUUUCCCCUAGACGUGUGCAGCCACAUGCUGUGUGGAUUGGAACAAUCAAAGAUACUAGUGGACCAGCCUUUAGUGUCACUAGCAAGGUGAACCCUACAACUAUGAGCAGACCUGGCUUAAAUAUACAACUAAACUCUGUCAAGCCUACAGCGGGUGCUGUAGAUGAAGGAGAUGGGCAAAAGAAAAGUUAUGCAAAUAUGCUUGAUAAUUUAAAUUUGCCUCCCAACAAUGACAUUCCUAAAGCAGAAACACCAAAGAAGGAACCUCCUAAAUCUAAAACACCAAAAGUAAUAGAGAGUGACCUCAUUCGUACAUUCAGAUCCAUGUCAGACUUGGAAAUUGGCAUGUAUUCCUUAGUAGGGGUCUCCUGUGUAGCAAUUCUGGCAUUUUUGCUCAACUGUGCUUCGUAUAAUCUCUGUUUCCGGAACCACAAGACCCCCAUACAACCAGCCCCAGUGCCAAAUGUGGACUCAAAGGAUCACAAGCAUGACUGGGUGUGGCUGGGGAGUGGGAAUCACAACUCUCCUGCAGCAGGCACCGCAGGUCCCCCAGCUCAAGCAUCAACUCUAAAACGUGAGCCUCAUCGUCCUCUGGAAUCCCAUCAUUCCAUAGAUUCCAUGAGCCCCUGCAGCCUAGAGAACACUUUGCCCACUGUGAGUGCCCCAACAGUCCCAGAAAGGACUGCCACCCUGGGCCGCAGCAGGACCAGCUCUCAGCAGCAAUUUAAAACAAAGGCAAUUGAUCCCAUGGCAAAUCGUUCGGCUACCUUGCUGGCAAGGCCUCACCGCAGCGAGCCGCUCCAUUCUCCCACCAGUAAGAGAAAUCAGGUCCAGUUUACUACCUUCACUACACUGGACAUCAAGCACUUGAAUGCUCUAAAAAAGAAUGGCGUGGACAUAAACUGGGCAAACCAGCAGGCACAAGCACAACAGCAACAGCCUGCUGCUGAGCCCCAGACACUUUUACCUGACAUGCCAUGGCCUGUAGUCAAACCUUUGGGAGCACCCCAGUGAGUUCACUGAGGUGCAUGUAUGUGUUUGUAUAAGGGAUUAAGACAGAGAACUCUACUCAUCAUGCAUACUGUGGUAAAGAAAGAUUAGAAGAAAACAAUGGCUUUAAUCUUUUGAU